AUGGCGUUCAGGCAGACCUCUCCUUUACGUCCCAGCCGGGCCGCCGGCAGACACCUGCGGCGGGCUGCGCCCCCUGACGCGCUCCUCCCGGGAUGCCCGCCGGCCGCAGGGGGUGCGCUUGACUGGCGGGCACAGCAAAGCCGGGACACCCUUAGCCCUCAGCGCGGGGCUAAGGCCAGUGCGAGCGGCCGGGAGCCAAGGGGCCGGAGGGCAGGGCUGGGACUCCGGGCGGGCGGCGGGACAGGCGCGGAGCGGCAGGGAACGGGUGCCAGACGCGGUUCACAGCAGGUUCGGGGGACGAGGGCCCCCGACGGCCUCGCCGCGGCUCCCCGCUGCUGGCGGGGAAGGCGACAGGGAGUCGGCGGCGUCGCGCCCGGCGGACGGGCGCUGAAGGACAAGUGCCGUAGGAGCUCGCGGGGCGCCCCCAAGUGGCGCGGCUGGGCACGGCACCACCCUCAGGAGUGGCGCGGCGGCCACCCGCUCCCCCGGCCGGCGGGGCGCGGCGGCGGCAGCGCGCCCGGGCCCGUCCCCGCCCCCCGGCCCCUGCGGAAAGUUGUCGCUGGCCGCGGAGCCACCCGGCUCCCGCCUCCCGCUUCCUGCCCCGCCGCCGCUGAUUGGCCCGCUGCGCGCCGAGGAAUGCGAGCCACCCUUUAA